AUGUACGCCUAUCUGCGCAGCAGCAGUAGCAGCAGCACCAGCACCAGAAGCAGCAACGCCACUAAUCGGAUGCAUGUCUUCUUUUUCGGCACGCACUUUGUGGAGUCCCAAUUUUUGAACGCCUCGGAAGCGUACGGUGCCAACUGCGCCCUGUUCCACUCGCCACCGGUCGGCCAAAUCAUCAAUUCGACACCACCAAUCACGUUUUUGGAGGGCUUUUUUACAAAUAAUCUCCCCCUGCCGCCACCACCACCCCCACCACCACCGCCGCCGCCAACGACUUUCGAUUUGGUUCGCCUCUCCGAUCAUCUGAUUUCCAAAAUUAUACAUCGUCAAUUUACUUCAAGUUUUGCUGAGGAGGGGAUUCCAGGGCCUCCGCCUUCUGUAGAGGAUUCAGAGAUCUGGGAUUUAAAAAAGAGGAAUCGAGAGGAUAUCAAGCUCCAGCCCUACGCAUACAAAGAUGGUGUCGAGCUCUUCAACUGUCCCCUUUGUUCCACUGCAAACAUCACGACGAGAGCUGAACUCACCUCCCACCUGCAGCAGCACCAGAACAAUCAACGUCGAGAGGAUGGCAAGCACGUUUGUUGCUUCUGUGCAAGCGAGUUGAGCUCGAAUAGCUCUUUGGAAAGGCAUCUCCUGACUCAUACAAAUUUAGGCAAACACCUUUGGCAACCAGAGUCGAAAUUGCGGGAUCUUCUCAUCAAGCGACGACGACGUUUUUUGCGUUACAAAAGAAUGCUACGGAAACGAAGCUUAAAUACCUCAGCAAAAGGGGAUGAGGUGGAGGCUCUGGAUUUGUCGAUAAAACACGAGCAACUGCCUACAUUGCCACCGCAGCCACCCCUAACCCCACCAUUGCUUCCUCCUCCUCCUCCUCCUCCACUACCGCCAACGUCAGCACUACCACUACCAACACCGGAAGUUAUGGCCCCUUCGUUGAUAGGAUUUGAUGGAAUCUCUUCACUCUUCCAACUCUUGAUGAUGAGAACGACUGCCUUCACAACCUGUCCUCCCCUUUCACCGACAUUGCAACAACCACCACUGCCGCCACCGCCACCGACGCUGCCAAAAAUUAUGAUUCCGCAGACGACAAAUCGGAAAAAGAACUCCUACAAAGACGCGCCUAAAUUGAUCACAUGUCCGGUGGAUGGAUGCAACCAAAAGUUUCCGUGGAACAGCUCUUUAAAACGCCACAUCCUCACACACACGCCCCACAAGCCCUUCACCUGCACGCGCUGCACCAAGUCCUUCUCCACCAAAUCAAAUCGCGAGCGCCACAUGGAGCGCGUGCAUCGAGUCAGCCUUAAGCGCCAGCGCACUACAGGUCUGGCAUCUUCGACAAUGCCGACAGUGGGGCCGGAGUCGGGGGUAGCGGUAGCAGUGGAGACAGGAGCCGAGGAGUACCUGCGUGACGAGGAGAUUGCCUCGAUGCGCGGUAACGAUCGUCAGGCGGAGGACAUCAGCAACAGCCUCCUUCGUUCCGCCGGUAGUCCUGUGGUGGAGCCAAAUCCCGAACGCCUCGCCCUCCGCACGCGUCCGCCGCCUCCAUCCCUACCUUCAACCCUAUCAAUGGGGGAAGGAGCAGACCAAAGUGAAUGUGGAGUGGCAGCGAUGAUGUGUCCGGUGUGCGGACGGACAUUCGGACUGGCGCAGAGCCUACGACAAGAAAUCACCGAAGAGGAGACGGCUCGAAUUCGUGCGGAAGAGGAGUUAGAAAAACAGAGGCACGACAAAGAGGAGCAAAAGUGGUUAGAGCGCGAAAGGGUGGCUCAAGAACUCUUUGCACAAAAGAAAGCACUUGAAGAGGCCGAGAAGAGCCGCAAAAUCCUUGAAGAGACGAGUGAAGUCCUGCAGCGUCUUCGAGACGGAAUAGAAGAGUCUUCUGAUAAUCUGCCUCCCUACCAUCGUCCUGAACCACCGCUUGAUCACUCAUUUGCUCCACCUUUGGAGUCCACCUCAAGGAUCAAGGAACUUUGUAGUUUCUUUUGGAAAACUGGAGCUUGUAUCUAUGGCGACGGAUGCUCUCGUUUUCACCCAACUCCCCCCAUCGAUUCAGCUGAUCUCAAAGUUCUCCAAUCAUCUGUCUUCUGCCCUCCUUGUCUUGUUUUGAUCCUGGAAAACAUGUUCGAUAACUUCUCUCUCCGUUAUGAUCCUCUAGAAGUGGACGAAUCCCACCUUCAGUCUGAUUACGAGGUAUUCUAUGAGGACGUGCGUCCAGAGAUAGAGGUUACUUGUGGCAAAAUCUCUGCCCUUCGUUGUUGUCGCAACGCCGCCGACCACCUUAGAGGCAACGUCUACAUUCAACUCACUGGUGAUGAUACUACGGCGAUUACGGCUGCUGCACGUCUCAAUGGUCGGUGGUAUGCUGGAAGACAAAUCACAGCACGAUUAGCCUAUCUGGGAGGUGGUUGGAAGGCUGCAGUUUGUGCCACUCAUUGUGUUAAUGCUGAAAUAGGUCUGUAUCUGCGUGAUUUAUGUCCCAAGGGUGACAGGAGGUGCAACUUUUUGCAUCUCUUUCUUAACCCACGGGAAUCUUCGGGAGAUCUUCUGGCAGCCUUGAGUCGUGGACUCGCCGAAUUGCCGUCACGAAGGAAGGAAAAAAGAAGAGCCUCACGUAAAAAAAACCAGGAUAAGGACUCAGACGGUCAUCGACGAAAAAGGCGGCGAUCUCCCUCGUCUCGCAGUGAUUCCGGGCGAAGACAUCGACAUCGGCAGAAGAAACGCCAUCAUCGAAGAAAACGGGGUGACAGUCGGUUUAAUCAGGACGAGGUUGGGGACUGGAGGGAACUGGCACGACCCACUGCAAGGGGGACCGCCCUCAUAAACGGCAAGGCUUUCCCGAUCCGGAAGAGCACUUAG